AUGACAGGCACAGUAGCGACGGCUGAGGUGACCAGCUUGCAGUCCAGCAUCUUCCCGUGUCCAGUAUCCGCCGAGUCGGCUCCCAUACAGCACAAAAAUACGAUUUCUGUGGAUUUACUGUGCGACGAAGUGUUCGAUGAAGCUUUGGCCUCUGUGCUUCGUAAAAUGAAACGGGAGUGGCGUUGCUACGGCUGGUACACGUCGUGCGAUGAGAUGAACGAGGUGCGCAAACAGGAGAAGGUGUCGAAGCGGAAGAGCGUUACGCAGGCCAACGGGAUCAAGGUGAUCACGAAGUAUUGGGGGUUCCCGUGCAGAACUUUUUAUCCGACGCGAACACCAGUGGAGGAGAGAUCUUGCGUAGGGACUGAAAAUCUCGAUAAUACGUCAGUGCGGGCAUGCGAGCAGCAACAAGUGCUUACACAGUUUGUCAUCAAUGCAACCGUCGAUUCACAGGGUUUGUUCGGCGUCGAGCAGGGAACUGCUGGCACCGAAUGGGUAAUCAAAUCUUCGAAUAAUUCUUGCUAG